AUGGCCAAGAAGUUUCUCUGCUGCACGAUCACGGCCAUGAAGGUCCACCAGGUCUUCAUGUCCAUCUUCGGCCUCCUCAACACGGUCGCCGCCGUCUGGCUCAUCGCCAACGACGACUACCCGUUCAAAACGUCCGGCGAGAUCCGCGCCUCGAUCGCGCGCGUCGUAUUGCACUGCUACCAGAUCGUGCUCAGCCACUGCCUCCUCAUGGCCGCGGCCUUUGGCGCGCGUCUGCCUCUCGAGUGGUUUGGCCUCCUCACGGGCUUUGUCGGCUCGGGCUUCUACCUCAUCUUCCUCGGCUUCCUCACGCUCAGCCUCGACACGGUCUUUGGCCUCGUCGUCGGCAUCCUCACGAUCGUCUAUGGCGUCGGCUCGAUCAUUUACGGCUACUCGACCAAGAAGGAGAUGCUCGAGAGCGGCACGUCGUACCGCAACCUCACGCUCGACUAG